AUGCACGCUAUCGGUCCUGUCACCAUUUUGUUGCUCAUGUUUGCAGCUUUUCUUCUACCCAAAGAACACGUGUGCGGCCGGACUGCGGAAUAUGCGCUGCCAAGUAUUGAACUGUGGAAUGUCCUCGUUGAAUUUGGAGCAUAUCCACGGUGGAGAUCAAACGUUACAAAAGUUGAAAUUAACAGACCGGGACAUAUACCGCCAGAUGGGUUUGAAUGGUUCAGAGAAUUUACCCCACGCGGAAACAUCAAAUAUCGCAUAGUAGAGCGUUGCGAAGGUAAGUUACUGAAGAGAGAGAUUGUCCGCGAGAAGGGUAUGUACAUUAGCGGCUCUUGGACCAUCCAACUCGAACAAGUAAGCAAGGAUAUUACCCGGAUAACCAUUAUCGAACAUGCUAUUGUUCACAAGACCAUAAUCAAAAUAAUUGGAUUGUUCACGGGAUUCAAUGAAAACAUCGACAUGUUCUUGACAGAUUUGGGGAGGAAGAUUGGUCAAAAU